CAAGGCGCCAACCUGGUCUACAGGAGAGAGCCGAGCCAGGAAAACCAAAACAAAACAACAAGAACAUGUUUCGAUUCUGCACACGCUGAAGUCCUCACUUCCACAGAGAUCCGCCUGCCUCUGCCUCUCAGUGCUGAGCUUAGCGGUGGGUGCCACCAUGCGGGGCACCUUCCCAUCAGUUUAAUGAGUGGGACCACGGGGUGCCCUGGACAGGGUUUAAGACGAUAAAAUCAAACCAGGGCCCACUAGGAUUGCAGAGGUUCCAGGAGAGACCCCGAAAACUAUGGAGAAAGUCAAGUCCUUCCAAGCUGUUGACCGUGCUGGAAAUCUCGCUCAGCUGAGAGACCCUGACCAGCUUCCUGGUACAGGGCACCUUUCUUGACCCAUGCCCCCAUAACUCCCUUUUAUCUUACCUCAGACCUACCCUGCUUCCUCAGACUUGGGCAUAAGACUAAAAGUGUGAGCCCUCGGAUGGAUGCUUGUGCCUCUACUGUCCUUGGUGGCCCUCUUCCCUGUUCCAGAGGGCUCCCCUGUAAGUCCUUCCACCAGCUGCGCUCACAGGCUCCAAAGACAAGCUUCAUAAGGGUCUGUUUAGAAUCCAACACAAACGUCCCUCCUCCUUUGGUGGCCCAAGACUCAUCAUCAGACCAAUCACAGCUCCUCUUACAAACAUCUUUAGUGUGUUCAGUCUAAUUAAAAUCCCCCCCCCCACAGAAGUCAGGGGGCUCAUUUGUUUGUUUGUUUUUAGGAUUUCUGAUCUUAUUUUCAUUUAAUUACUUAGAUGGUUUGCUGUUUUAUUUUGUUUUGAGACUAUGCAAACAUACUCACCUUAGACUUUAGCAAUCCUGACCCUCCUGCGGCAGGCUGGGAUUUCAGGCACCGCUCAGCCUCCUCGGGUUUCAGUUUCCCAAUCUGAGGGCCACCCACAGAAACCCAGCAGGAGGAAACCAGCCUGCUCGGAUUAGAGACACCCUCCCUUCACCCUUCUCCCGGUUAGAAGAGGCCACACCCAUCCAACCUGUUGUCACAGCUGCCGGCUCCUCCACCCUGAGACCCUAGAUUGAUGCUCGGACAUAGGGCCAGGAUACCAGUCCAUUCCGGGUUAGGUGUCUGUACCGGCUCUUCAGUUUCCGAGCAGAGUACAUAGGUAAAGCUGGACAGGACGUAGUGACCAUAGAGUGUGACAUCAGGCUAGGAGAGCAAAUAAUUGUCUUGGGCUAGGGAGACAGCUAGCUCAGCAGGUAAAGUGCUUUUCCUGUCAGCCCGAUUCCGAGUACGAUCCCUGGACCCCGGGAACGGUGCAGUGAGAGAGCAUGCUCACGCAGUAAAACUUAAACCCGGCGGUAGUGGCGCACGUCUUUAAUCCCAGUACUCGGGAGGCAGAGGCAGGCGGAGCUCUGUGAGUUCGAGGCCAGCCUGGUCUACAGAGCUAGUUCCAGGACAGCCAGGGCUACAGAGAAACCCUGUCUCAAGGAAAAAAAAAAAAAAAAACCUUAUAAAGAAAUAAAAAAUUGCCCCCAAACUCAAAAACCUUUCUCUCCUUUCUGAGUUCUGGAAUUAGGGUCAAAGGCAUCAGAUACGGGGUCAUCAUAGCCACGCCCUUUAAUCCUGGCAGUGCUGAGCCAGGCCUUCUGAAGGGGCACUGAGCCAGCCAGCUGUCUUGCAGUGGUGAAGAUGGCAGAGGAAGAGGGCAGUGUGGAGGAGGGGGAUGUGUUCCUAGCUUUCGCCCAGGGUCCCACUCCUCCUCGGGGGCCCCUGCGGCGUGCUCUGGACAAGAUCUUUCUCACCUUCCUGGUCCUCUUCCUGACUCUGCUGAUGCUGGAGGCUGCUUACAAGCUGCUGUGGCCCCUGCCAUGGGCGAUGUUUCGGGACUGGCUCCUGCAGACACCCGAGGCGGAAGGGGCACUGGAACUCUGAAUGUCUCCCUG